CCUCUGUUCUCGAAACGAUCAUUGGGGUCCCAGACACCCCCAAUUGAAGAAGUUCGACAAACUUCAUUCGUAAAGUGAAAAUGAUUGAUGAGGAUGUUCCUACUAUACUUCAGGAAUUUGUACAGCCCCGCGUAAUAAACCAAGAUAUGCUUAUGGAUUUGGUAAUUGAUCAAGGACCAAAAGGAGAAGCCGGUAAACUCUUUUACGAAGAUGGAAUCAAGUUGAAUGAAGUAACAGAAAUUCGAAUUGAAUUUCUUAAUAUCUUAAAAAUUGAUCAUCUUUGGAUAACACCAAAUCUUGUAAAAUUAAAAUUGUCUAAUAAUAUAAUUGAGAAAAUAGAAAAUUUAGAUGUUCUUAUUAAUUUAAAAGAAUUAGAUCUUUCCUUCAACCAUAUCAGAAUAAUAGAAAAUCUACAUAAUCUAAUAAAACUGGAAAUAUUGCUUCUAUUCAAUAAUGAAAUUAGUAAUGUAGAAGGCAUAGAUAAUUUAUGCAAUCUUACAAUUUUUAGCAUUGGUAAUAAUGCUAUAACAGAUUGGGAACAUGUAUUGUAUUUAAGGAAGUUUAAAAAGUUACGCAGUUUAAAUAUGAAUGGAAAUCCUUGCACUGAAAAAGAUGAUUAUUUGGAAUAUGUAAUUGCAUUUAUCCCUCAAUUAAUUUAUUAUCAGUAUAAGAUGAUAACUGACGAACAACGAGAAGUAGCAGCAGAAAAGCAUUACAGAGUGUUACGUACUUUACAAGAAACAGAAAUGAAAGAAGAUGAAGAAUUACAGGCACAAGAAGAAUAUGAGAAAAGGUUGGCUUAUCAUACUAAUGCAUUUGUAGAAUAUCUUGAUAGCGAUGAACUCUUUCACCAAAUGUUUAUAAAUGAUAAAGAGGGCAAAGAACUAAGUAUGGUAAAUGAAGAUACACAGAAUGCUCUUGAAGAAUACAAGGCAAACUUUGUUGCAAUUAGUCAAGAACUUUGUGAGUUAGGUUUGAAAGAGCAAGAUGAAAGAAAUAAUGAAAUAAAUCAUUUUACAAGUUGCGUGAAUAAAGGGAAAACUGUAUCACAGGAUCAAGGCAGAAUAAUAGUGAAUGAAGUAUUGGAGAAGAAGACUAAAAUUUUAUCAGAUGUUAAGCAGUUGUUAAAAAGAAUAGCCGGUGAGGUAGAUACUGCUACACUUGAGGAAGUAACUCAAAAAGCCCAACAAUUUUCUGAAGAAUUUAAUGAAAUAGUAAUUGAUGCCUGGAAAAAAUUAAUGUCCAUUGAAGUAGAACUACACGAACAGAUAGAGGACAUAAAUGAAAUGUUCAGAAUUAAUAUCAAUGACAUGAUGGAUUCAUUUCUAACAAUUGCACGUGGAUACUUUUCACAAUUACGAAAUUCUGAAGCCGAAUAUAAUGAUACUGUUAAUGGAGUAAUUUUAUAUUACCUUAGUGGUUUAGAAGAUGAUACAAAAGUACCAAGUCAUUUGUUAAAUUUAUGCGAAGAUAAAGAUACUUUAAAUCAGAAUCUUACUAAUUCUCAUGAGAAACAUCUACAAGUAUUAGACGCUCGAGAAGAUAGUAUGUUAAAGCGCUUAAAAAAUUGGGUUGAAGAAUAUACGGAGAAUUUAGUAAAAUAUGAGAAUGAAAGAAAUAAUCAACAAAUAUUAGAAAUAUCACAUUUUGCGGAUUCUCAACAACAAGAAUUUGUUCAAUUGUUGCAACAAUUAAAUUUGAAUGUGGAUGACUCUGAAGUUAUUUUAGCUCUUGAAAGUUAAAGCUUGAGGAAACAAUAUAAUAUGAGGAAAUAAUAUAACAGUAAGUAUUUUA